UACGGGAUAGGAAUGAUAGGAUACAUGACAGAUCAUAACAACGAACGUAGCUACCUUUCAUAUUUAUAUCGAUUGUAGGGUUACUUUUAAUUCAUAUUAAUAACUAAGUUUUAUCGAACAUCUUUAGUUUUUCCAACACCUCUUAUAAUAAAUUUACCUGUGGCAAAACUUCGAUUAGGGAAAAUUUUUCAUUUCAAGCUACUGCUGAGAUUACAAUGUCUAAACCUACAGGAUAUGAUUCACACAGUGAAGGACCAGGUUUUGUUGGAAUACGAUUUUGUCAAGAAUGCAACAACAUGUUAUACCCAAAGGAGGACAAGGAGAAUAAAAUCUUACUAUAUGCAUGUCGAAAUUGUGAUUACCAGCAGCAUGCAGACUCCAAAUGUAUCUAUGUUAACAAAAUUAUGCACGAAAUUGAUGAAUUGACCCAUAUUGUAUCUGAUGUAAUCUCUGAUCCGACUUUGCCACGAACUGAGGAUCAUCACUGCCCAGAAUGCAACCACAGGGAGGCAGUAUUUUUUCAAGCACAGACUAGGAGAGCUGAAGAGGAAAUGAGAUUAUAUUACGUUUGCACAAACCAACAUUGUGCUCAUAGGUGGACUGAAUAAUACUUUUUUAAAUACAUAAUUCAUAUCUGUAUUUGAGGGAUGUGGCACAAUAUUAAAACUUUGCAAAAAUGUAUGGGAUGUCAAUUUGAACUUGCUUAAUUUUCCUUCUUUUUCAAAAUAGACUUGGUCAUUUAAACAGAUUGUAACUGAUUCAGUUGUGCUAUAAAUGAAUAGAGAAGUAUAAAGAACAGUAAAAUAAAGUGUUACUGAAAUAAA